CCGGCCGCCGGCCGGCCUUAGUGACUGGGGGCGGCGGGCCCGGGGCCGCGGGAGUCGGGCGGGCGGGCGCGCGCCGGCCGCGGGCUGCUUUCGUCGGCCCCUGAGCUCGCCCGGAGCGAGCAGCCGCCCGCAGCCGCCGCGGAGCCUCCUCGCCCGCUCCCGCCGGCGACAAGAUGAUGUGUGAGGUGAUGCCAACCAUCAGUGAAGCCGAAGGCCCCCCAGGAGGAGGUGGGAGCCAUGGCUCAGGUUCCCCCUCACAGCCAGACGCUGAUUCCCAUUUCGAACAGUUAAUGGUCUCCAUGCUGGAAGAGAGGGAUCGCCUUCUAGACACGCUGAGGGAGACACAGGAGACGCUGGCUCUAACCCAGGGGAGACUGCAUGAGGUCGGCCACGAGCGGGACUCCUUGCAGAGACAGCUCAAUACUGCCCUUCCACAGGAGUUUGCAGCACUUACUAAAGAACUCAAUGUAUGCAGGGAACAACUCCUUGAAAGGGAAGAAGAAAUUGCAGAACUUAAAGCAGAGAGAAACAACACCAGGCUGUUACUAGAACAUUUGGAAUGCCUUGUCUCUAGGCACGAGCGGUCUCUGAGGAUGACAGUGGUGAAGAGACAGGCACAGUCUCCAGCAGGCGUGUCCAGUGAAGUUGAAGUUCUUAAAGCACUAAAGUCAUUAUUUGAGCACCACAAGGCUCUGGAUGAAAAGGUGAGAGAGCGAUUGCGAGUAGCACUUGAAAGGUGUAGUUUGUUAGAAGAAGAGUUAGGUGCCACACAUAAAGAGCUAAUGAUUCUCAAAGAACAGAAUAGUCAGAAGAAAACACUAACAGAUGGGAUGCUUGACAUAAACCAUGAACAAGAGAAUACACCAAGCACGAAUGGAAAGAGAUCAUCUGAUGGCUCUUUAAGCCACGAGGAAGACCUUGCUAAAGUAAUUGAGCUCCAGGAAAUCAUCGAUAAGCAAUCCAAAGAGCAAGGCCAAAUGAAGGAACGCCUGGCUGCCCUCUCCAGCCACGUGGCAGAGCUGGAGGAAGAUCUUGACACCGCUAGAAAAGAUCUCAUCAAAUCUGAGGAAAUGAACACAAAACUGCAAAGAGAUGUCCGCGAAGCCAUGGCCCAAAAGGAAGACAUGGAAGAGAGAAUCACCACUCUUGAAAAACGCUACCUCGCCGCACAGCGUGAAGCUACAUCUGUGCACGACCUCAACGAUAAACUUGAAAACGAAAUUGCAAAUAAAGAUUCUAUGCAUCGACAGACCGAGGAUAAAAACCGCCAGUUACAGGAACGCCUGGAAUUGGCAGAGCAAAAGCUGCAGCAGACCCUGCGGAAGGCAGAGACCCUCCCGGAGGUGGAGGCGGAGUUGGCCCAGCGGGUGGCCGCCCUGUCGAAGUCUGACCUUUUGUCUUCUGGGAACUCUGCCGCUAAGGAAGCUAAACUGUUCGAACUUACUUCCAAGCUUAGGAAGGCCGAAGAGAGACACGGCAACAUUGAAGAAAGGCUACGGCAGAUGGAGGCGCAACUGGAGGAAAAGAACCAGGAGCUGCAGCGGGCAAGGCAGAGAGAAAAAAUGAAUGAAGAACACAAUAAACGUUUAUCAGACACUGUGGAUAAACUUCUUUCAGAAUCUAAUGAGAGGCUUCAACUUCAUCUUAAAGAGAGAAUGGCUGCUCUAGAAGAUAAGAAUUCUCUAUUACGGGAAGUUGAAAAUGCAAAGAAGCAGUUAGAAGAAACACAACAUGAUAAGGAUCAGCUCCUACUAAACAUUGAAGGACUGAGGGCUGAACUGGACCAAAUGAGGCUGCGAGGUGCUUCACUUCAUCAUGGCCGGUCCCACUUGGGUAGCGUCCCCGAUUUCCGGUUCCCCAUGGUGGACAGUCACCCCGAUUCCUACAGCACCGGCUCUGUGAUGCGGCGCACCCAGAAGGGCCGGUCGGCAGCUCUGCGGGAUGAGCCUUCCAAGGUACAAACUCUUAAUGAGCAGGAUUGGGAACGUGCCCAACAAGCUAGUGUCUUGGCAAACGUCGCACAAGCAUUUGAGAGUGAUAUGGAUGUAUCUGAUGGCGAAGAUGACAGGGAAACUCUGCUCAGCUCCGUCGACCUGUUGUCACCCAGUGGGCAGGCCGAUGCCCAGACAUUAGCCAUGAUGCUUCAGGAACAGCUGGACGCCAUCAACAAAGAGAUCAGGUUGAUACAAGAAGAAAAGGAAAACACAGAGCAGCGGGCAGAGGAGAUCGAAAGUAGGGUUGGCAGCGGGAGUUUGGACAACCUUGGUCGUUUUAGAUCACUGAGCACCAUCCCCCCUUACCCUGCUUCGUCGCUUGCCAGCUCCUCCCCGCCGGGCAGCGGCCGCUCCACGCCCAGGAGGAUGCCCCACAGCCCAGCCAGGGAGGUGGACAGGCUGGGUGUCAUGACCUUGCCUAGUGAUUUAAGGAAACAUCGUAGAAAGUUGCCAGCUUCCAGAGAAGAGGUACGAGAUGACAAGACAACAAUAAAAUGUGAAACAUCCCCACCUGCCUCCCCGAGGUCCCUCUGCUUGGACAGGCUUCAUAAAGGCGCUUUGCACACUGUCAGCCACGAGGACAUCAGGGACUUAAGAAACUCAGCGGGCUCCCAGGACGGCCAUGGGAGCAACCCCAGCAGUAGUAACAGCAGCCAGGACUCGCUGCACAAAGCUCCGAAGAAGAAGGGCAUCAAGUCUUCUAUCGGCCGCUUGUUCGGCAAGAAAGAAAAGGGUCGACCCGGACAAGCUGGCAAAGAAUCGUUAGGACAAGCUGGUGUUUCCGAGGCAGACAGCACAUCUCAAGAUGCCUUGGGACUUAGCAAACUGGGAGGACAGGCUGAGAAACACCGCAAACUUCAAAAAAAGCAUGAACUGCUUGAAGAGGCCCGGAGACAAGGCUUGCCUUUCGCACAGUGGGAUGGUCCCACUGUUGUUGUGUGGCUGGAGCUCUGGGUUGGGAUGCCAGCCUGGUACGUGGCGGCCUGCCGAGCAAAUGUUAAAAGUGGAGCUAUCAUGUCAGCCCUGUCGGACACUGAGAUACAGCGUGAAAUUGGCAUCAGCAACCCUUUGCACAGGCUGAAGCUGCGGCUGGCCAUUCAGGAAAUCAUGUCAUUGACCAGUCCUUCGGCCCCUCCUACAUCCAGAACGACCACGGGAAAUGUCUGGUUAACACAUGAAGAAAUGGAGACCCUCACGGCCACGCCACACACGGAGGAUGAGGAGGGAAGCUGGGCUCAGCAGACGCUCGCAUAUGGGGACAUGAACCACGAGUGGAUCGGCAACGAGUGGCUCCCCAGCCUGGGCCUUCCGCAGUACCGCAGCUAUUUCAUGGAGUGCCUCGUGGACGCGCGGAUGCUGGAUCACCUGACCAAGAAGGACCUCCGCGGGCAGCUGAAGAUGGUCGAUAGCUUUCACAGGAACAGUUUCCAGUGUGGAAUUAUGUGCCUACGAAGGUUAAACUAUGACCGGAAAGAACUGGAAAGAAAAAGAGAAGAAAGCCAGAAUGAAAUAAAAGACGUGCUUGUCUGGAGCAAUGAGCGACUGAUCCGCUGGGUCCUGUCGAUUGGGCUGAAAGAGUACGCAAACAACCUUUCAGAGAGCGGCGUUCAUGGCGCACUUGUGGCCUUAGAUGAGACCUUUGAUUUCAGCGCCCUGGCCUUGUUGUUACAGAUCCCGACGCAGAACGCGCAGGCUCGUGCUGUCUUGGAAAGAGAGUUUAACAACCUUUUGGUCAUGGGUACUGACAGAAGGUUUGAUGAGGACGAUGAUAAAAGCUUUAGGAGAGCGCCUUCAUGGAGGAAGAAGUUUAGACCAAAGGACAUUCGUGGCUUAGCUGCUGGAUCAGCAGAGACGCUCCCGGCGAACUUCAGGGUCACGUCUUCCAUGCCCUCACCCUCCGUGCAGCCGAAGAAGAUGCAGAUGGACGGCAAUGUAUCGGGAACCCAGAGGCUGGACUCGGCUACAGUCAGGACCUACUCCUGCUGAGCCCCCCACCGUUUACCCACACUACUUCUACAGAUGAUAUGCAGCAUUUUGAAUCCAACGGACUACAUUUUAGAACCCAGUGGGAUCUUCAAUCUGUUAAUACUUGUUAUAUGGACCCUGAGAUAUUUUAUUACAGAGUUUUUAAUUAAUGAAAAAUUCAUGAAUACUAUAGAGAAAAUAUUUUAGAAUUUAAUGUUUCUUAUAUUUAUGUAAACUUACGACUCUUCAUUUAUAUAGUUACUUACUUUUUCAUGUAUAUCCAGGCUAUAAAUAUCCUUUCAAAUCAAUUCAUGUUCUUAUACCUAAUUUUAGUCUUUCAAAUGAAUGUACUGUAAUGCUUAUAUGUAUAAAUCCUAUGAACAAAUAUAGGGCUUUUGUAAAUGAUGCAUUUAUUGUAAUUACCAUUGUUUAAUUUUUUAAUAAUAAACCGUGACGGAGAAAAGGAUUUUACUAUGUUUGUAAAAUUACCAAGACACAAGCAGUAUGCAAUAUCCUUUGCAAACGUAAUCUAGCUUGUCAACAAUUGUUUUGAAAUAAGCAGACUUAAUUUCAGGCAGUUAUUAUUGUAUUUUAAUGACUGACUUAAUGCUUUUUCUAGUAAGAAACACUUUAUUCUGCAGCUUGAACAGGUUUCAGAUAUCUAGGGGUAAAUAUCAACUUCUCAUAAAAUUUGGACUGAAAGGAGGAUCAGAGGACUGUGGGGAUCUCCUGGGAAGGUUGAGCCUUCCCUGACCCGUGUCUGUGGGACUCAGGUGAUGCGUCUUCAGGACGGACAGCAGCCGUGAGCUGAGGAGGGGUCUCGGCCGGGAGAGAAAGCUGGGGAGGGCGGCCCAGCCUCCUCUCCCUGCCGGCCUCCAUGGGCGCUGGGCGGAAGGUGCCCCCUCGCCUGCACCAGAGGCCGGGCACGAGGCGCCACUGCCGCCUCACAGGCCUGGGCGCGCACAGAGGAGGGCGCGGAAUCCUGGAGCUAGCGCAGUGCAACUUUGAUAAAGGCCUUAUUUUUCUUAUGUAAAUCAUCUUUUUACAUUUGUUUGUAAACAUGUUCAAAGAAUGAAUCUAGACACAUGUUUUUAGAUUUUGAUGAUACAGCCAUUUUGGAUUGUAUAAGUAGCAAAUGUAACUUUUACUUUUUAAAUGGCACAUUAAAAAAGCCAGCAAGACAUGUUCAGCUCCCGGUGCGUUAUUUAUUGUGCAGCUGGUAUACAGACAGCUAAACAGAGCUGGUCUUGUUCCAUUUUGGUUUCUGCUUUUAAUUUACCUGUACAAUUCAUUGUUACUGUUCUGUUUUUCUAUUAAUCUUUUGUGAACUUCCUGAUUCUGUAACAAAGUAUGUACAGUCUACUUUUGAACUAUUUUUAUCACAGUAUUAUUUAUUGCUUUCUUUCAAUAAAAUACUGAAGCAUUUUCCACUGCCAAUAAAAAAUACUGAGAAU